AUGUACCUAAGAAGUGUAACUCGUUUAGAAAUGUAAGGGUAGAUUGAUGCUUUAAAAUUAUAAAUUGAAAAUGCUAGAUAGAACCAUGAAAGAACAAUAAAAUAAAUUCGAUCAGAACAUUAGAAAGAGGUAAGGAUGCUCACAUUUGAUAGAUUACAGUACUUUAAGAUGAAAUCAAAAAGACUCAAGAGAUUGUAGCUAAUGUCUAGUUUCAAUAAUACUUUAAGAUGAAGAAUGAGAACUAAAAAUUAAUAUAAGAGAAUGCAUUAUUGAGAGAUAUGCUUAGGGCUUGUCAAAUUACAAAUUCCACAAAGGAAAUGGAAGUAUCACGACUUAAAUAGAAAUUACGUAGAAUAGAAGGGGGAUAAUCUUUAGAAGUUCGUAAAGAGUCUAGCAAUUAAGUAUGCAAUAAGACGAUAUAAUAAAGUCAAGAUAAAAUGAACAUUAAAUUUUACGUAAACACUCAAAUUACAGACAUCCAACAUAGCCAUCAUUAAAUGAAUCGAAUACAGAACCAUCACCUAAAUUAUUGCCUAUAAAAUUCAAAGUUAAUUAAUGA